UUGUUUACUCAUUCUUUUUAAUGAAUGGGAUUUUGAAUUACGAAGGCGGCGUGUCCAAACCCUUGCUUGCAGUGCAGGUAACUGAGCUUGUUGAUGGCAUUUUCAUAGGUUGCACUAUGAACCACUCCAUCGUUGAUGGGUCUUCAUUCUGGCACUUCUUCAAUACUUGGUCAGAAAUCUCUCGGCGUGGUAGUACUAAUGGUAAACUCUCACAACCUCCGCCAAUUUUUGGACGUGAAUAUCUUGACGGCAUCAUUGAUCUCCCAGUUCGCAUUCCCUUCUUUCAAAAUCAAAUCCCCAAAACUAAGUUUUUAGCACCCAUCCUUAAGCAAAGAGUGUUUCAUUUUUCCAAGGAAACAAUUGCGCAACUCAAAGCCAAAGCGAAUUCUGAAAUGGGAACUACCAAGAUCUCAUCCCUUCAAGCACUGUUGGCUCAUCUUUGGUUAUCCGUAACCCGCAACCAAUGUCUCAGCACUGGUCAAGAAACUAUGUACAAAGUACUAGUUGGAAUGAGGCAGAGAUUGCAGCCACCAUUGCCAGACCAGUACCUUGGAAUGCGGUUCUAUUUGGCAUAGUAACAUCCAGUGUAGGUGAAUUGCUUGAGCGCGGACUAGGCUGGGCUGCGUGGGAAAUGAACAAGAUGAUUGCUGCACAAACAGAACAUGAUGUAAGGAAGCUGUUGGAGGAUUGGAUUAAAAAUCCCAAAGUACCAAACCUCGGUAGCUUGGCAAGUAACUCAUUAUUGACAGGAAGCUCGCCGCGAUUUGAUGUGUUUGGUAAUGACUUCGGUUGGGGAAGGCCGCUGGCUGUUCGAAGUGGCGCUGGGAAUAAGUUUGAUGGCAAAUUAACUGUAUUUCAAGGGGCUGAAGAGGGAAGUAUUGAUUUUGAAGCUUGCCUUUCGCCUCAGACACUGCAUGCUUUGGCACACGACGCAGAGUUUAUGGCGAGUCUGACUAGGCGAAUUUAGUUGUGAUGGUAUUGGUACAAGCCAAUACCAUCUAGAUCUCAAGCUUGAUUUACACUUUCGUGCUUGUUUGUUAUGUAUGAAUCAGACUCUGAAAGGCGGUACUUAGAUAAUAGCCAAAAACUGGAUGUUGUUUAUGCAGUUAGAAUUCUUGGCCUAUAAAUUGGACUCAGUUAAUUGUAUCAACAAAUUGUUUCUCCUGGGUGUAUUUUUCUUGCUUCUCAGUGCCACAUAAAGGUUUGAGAGAAGAGAA